GGUUGCAAGUACCGAAGGAGAGAGAAGUGCUUGCUGAAACCGUGAUCUCAGCGGAGUAGACGCUGAUUCGGCAGGAAGCUGCGGCUGUAUGGUGCAAUAUUAUUUCACAUUUUUAAAGUCUUUCUUGGGACCGGCUUUAUGAUUAAGCUACAAUCUUCAAUGAUUAAGCAUAUUCCACAGUUCUGUGGUGUUUUGGGUCACACAUUUAUGGAGUUUCUGAAGGGCAGUGGAGACUACUGCCAGAGCCAGCACGGCGUGUGUGCAGACGAGUGAAGUGCCGGCCCACCAGAAGCUACCUCACGAAAGAAGCUUGCACAGAGACUUGAACGUUGGCGGGAUCUCGGGACUCAAAGAGGGAGCGUCCACACCAGCAGAGCAAGUCUGGAUGGGGUAAAUCUCCCAAAGUGCACUGCCCUAGCCGGCCUUCGCCUCCUCGUUCUCAAGAGGACUUGCCUUGUUUUGAAGGAUUUUUUCCCCUCGUUCCAUCUCUCCCUCCUUAGUUCUAAACUUUGGCCCUUACCUUCGUUUCCUUUUUACCCCCCUUCACUCGGCAACAAGUUUUUACGGUUACGAAUUUUUGGUGCUUGUCUGAAGACAUAGCCUUGGAGUUUCUCAUUACCUCCCAAUUUUGUAGGCCCGUCUCUUAGCUCACAGCCUCUUUUGAUUCCGUUGCCAUGGCUCGUAUGAACAGGCCUGCCCCAGUGGAAAUCACCUACAAAAAUAUGAGGUUCCUCAUCACCCACAACCCCACCAAUGCCACUUUAAAUAAAUUCAUUGAGGAACUGAAAAAAUAUGGAGUCACCACUGUAGUGAGAGUUUGUGAGUCCACCUAUGAUGCUUCGUUGGUGAUGAAAGAGGGAAUUCAGGUUCUGGAUUGGCCUUUUGAUGACGGCGCUCCUCCCUCAAACCAAAUCGUAGAUGAUUGGUUGAACCUCUUGAAGCUCAAGUUUAGGGAGGAGCCAGGCUGCUGCGUUGCUGUCCAUUGUGUGUCGGGCCUCGGAAGAGCUCCUGUCUUGGUGGCCCUUGCACUGAUUGAGUGUGGGAUGAAGUACGAAGAUGCUGUCCAGUUCAUUCGACAGAAGCGUCGGGGAGCGUUCAACAGCAAGCAGCUCUUCUAUCUCGAGAAAUAUCGUCCAAAGAUGCGCCUGCGCUUCAAAGAUUCCAACGGUCACCGUAACAACUGCUGCAUUCAGUAGACCAGAGCAGAGCCCCCAGGUCACUACCUCCCCUUGAGAGAGUUUAGCCAGCUUCUGUUUGCUUAAAAGCGUGUCCUCUAAGCUUAAAUCAUACCCCAAUGUACUUCCACAAUAAAUCGUGCCCAGUAAUUCUCCAGUUUUUUUGCUUAUGUUUUCCAGUGAAGCAUCUUGGGAUGUUGUGUCUACACUUGAGUGUUUUCCUGUAUGUGAUCGCUGACGUGUAGAAGGGUGCUUCCACCUGAGUUUCAGUAAAAUGUGAAUAUUGCCAUCGGAUAAAUUUGACCAGCUUUUUGCAAAGUCGCACUUUGCCAAACCAACUUUUCCUUGUGCUGUUGUCAUGGUGUCUAAAUAUGAAAUUUUAAAUCAUGUAUCCUUUUUAUGUUAUGUUGUUCUCUGAGUUUAGACACAUUAUAAUCAUGUCUGCCUUCUAACUACAUUUAAAUGCCUUAUAAUUGAAAUCGAAAACAAGGCGAUCUUAACGAGGGUUGAUCCACUGCAUUUGGAAAGGUAUUUAAUUUUGGAAGAAAUGUCAGCUAUGUACACUGCAGGAAGUUUAGAAGAUAAAUCCUUCCAUAGCUGUUUUAAUAUACGUUGCUUAAUUGUAGCGAUAAUGUUUAUUGAAGGCUCGGAUAGUUUCUUUUUUCUUCUUUUUUUUGGCUUUCUUUGUCAUCCAAACAUUGUUUACUAAUUACUGCCAUGUCAGAAAUGUGAUUUUGUGUUUAAGCUUAAAACUGGACUGAAAUGUCUGCGAUAUUUUGUAUGCUUUUUUUAUUUGAUGUGCGUAACUUAAUACUUGGAUACUUGAUUUAUGUAUUUGAAAUGUGUAUUAUUAGGUGGGCUAUUUAUACUUAUCAAUGUGUUUUAGUAUGGUGAAAGGCAAAUUGUAUCUGUUCACCAACUUGUGAAAGUACAUUAAAAUAAUACACUGAAAAAGA